AUGGAUGGUAGUUCCUUGUCCUCUUCAUCCGGCUGCGAUAAUAUCAACCUGGUAGCUGUUAAUAGUUGCGCUAAUUAUUCUGGCUGUUUUCUUCAUUAUCCGAGCAUGGAGACAGCGAUACUGACAUCACCAGUGUCUUCGAAUAAUCCUGAUCUGGUACUACCCGCAGUCGUUAGCAGGAGCAACAGUGGUACCAUCAAUAAGCUUUCAGGCCAACAUCAUGCCAUCGACUACCAAUUCAAUUUCGGUUACAGUAGUCACGUGCAGUCGAGUUAUGACGAGGACGAUCGAACUUUGCCAGGUUAUUCUGCACCCAUGACAAGACUUAUACGUAAUGAUAACCAAUGCAUCACUCAUCCAAACGAAUCAUCUUAUCGAGUAAUGCGACGUUUCCGUAAUCGUUCGGCAUCAUUACCGCGUGGUAUGCAUUGUGAAUCGUCGGCUCUAGAGAUGCGCCGUGGAUCCAUUGACUGUUGUUAUCCACCCCAGAGCUACUCAUCAUAUAAGUCAAAAGAUGAAGCUACCAUUAAUAAUUCUUACCUGAUGCGUAGCGUUGAUAAUCUUAGUGUUAUGGAGAGAGGUCAUGAUUCGGUUAUGGAUGGCACGCGCUUGAGCAGCGGAUGUCGCCUUCCGGAUUUGUCGCUCGAUUGCACUGUGUAUGAUGGAGCUACUCAGCAGCAGCCUAUCUUUGGUAGACAAAGGAGGGUACGAAGAGUUAGCGGUCGUUCACAGAGUGUUGGUCGGGCGUAUUGCGCAUUCGAUUCUAAAAUGGCCAACAGCUAUAUGAAUAGCUGCGUUCCUUUAUUUCAUCGGUCACAUUUACCGACUGUUCGAGCCCAGUUAAUUGCUCUCGAUCACAGAGGCUUGCGAAUUGUCCUAAUUGAAAAGCUUCAGCCAGGUCCAUUCGGUUUUUAUAUCGCUACUGGAAUAUUUAACCAAAAACAUGGAAUCUUCGUUUCCCGGGUAUCAUUACCUUCAUUGACAUCGGUACUAUCGGUGGGUGAUGAGAUUAUCUAUGUGGAAGACGAACUGGUUAAAGGUGAAGAUCUAGAAUAUGUUCAGGCGUUAAUUGCUGGCAAGAGUAGUGUGAAGAUAGUUCUUUUACCGAUAGUCGGACCAGGUGCUUGUUGA